AUGUGCUAUCUAAAAGUACCCUUUCAUUUUCUUCGUCUUCUUCUUAUAAUUCUUCUGUUACUUUGUUCUUCCGUGACACCGUUUUACUUGCCAAGGCUUGGAACAUUUCGAAGAACAAUUCACCGAUACCACGAUUCCAAAACCAUCCCAUCUUCUUCUGUUUCUUCUGGUUUCAGAAAGUUUCAUUUCACCCAAAAGCUUGAUCACUUCAACUACAAGCCUGAAAGCUACACCACAUUUAAGCAAAUGUAUGCGAUCAAUGCUAAAUACUGGGGUGGAGCAAUCUCUGGUGCGCCAAUCUUGGCAUAUCUCGGAGAUGAAGGACCUUUGUCUUUGCCUUAUAACUAUAGCGAUUUUCUCACUGAUCACGCCCCUCGAUUUAAGGCACUCCUAGUAUACAUGGAGCAUCGGUUCUAUGGCGAGUCAGUACCGUUUGGAUUAUCAACACAUAAAGCUCUGAAAAAUUCAAGUAUCCGAGGUUAUUUCAACUCAGCACAAGCCCUUGCAGAUUAUGCAGCAGUGCUUCUACAUGUAAAGAAAACAUAUUCUGCUGAGACUAGUCCUAUAAUAGUGCUGGGAGGUUCUUAUGGAGGAAUGCUUGCAUCAUGGUUUCGGCUCAAGUAUCCCCACAUUGCGCAUGGAGCUCUAGCUUCAUCAGCUCCAAUCCUUUACUUCGAUAACAUUAUUCCACCGGAGAAGGGAUACUAUUCCGUCGUUACCAAAGAUUUCAAAGAAAGUAGUGAAAAAUGCUACAAGACAAUACGUAAUUCCUGGGCUGUAAUUGACAAGAUUGCUUCCAAGUCCAAUGGCCUUUCAAUCCUUAGCAAAAGAUUCAGCACUUGCAAGUAA